AUGGAUCUUAAGCGUUCUUUUCCAGCAAUGUCCAUGGUUCCAGUACCAAGCAAACGCGCUAGAAUAGGCGAUACACAGGCCAUUGCGCCAUAUCAAAUUCAGAAGUCAAAUCAGGGGCAGAUUAUUCCGGCGGGCAUGGCUGGUAGUAUGCAGCGUACCUCAAGCCUUCAUAGCCCCAAUAUGCUUCUUACUGGGCAUGAAAGUGAGGUUUUCUGUGUUAAAUUUGUCCCAUCAGAUGGCAAUUACGUUGUUAGUGCUGGAUUUGACCGACAGGUAUUUGUUUGGGAAACUUAUGGAGAAUGCGACAAUAUUGCAGUCAUGCCUGGUCAUGGCGGCGCUAUUCUUGAUUUGGCUCUCUCCACAGAUGGCGAGUUUCUCUACUCUGCCAGUUCGGAUAAAACCGUCGCAAUUUGGGACCUCAAUGUCUGCCAACGGGUUAAAAAGAUUCGCGGUCAUCAAAAUAUUGUAAAUAGUGUUGGCAUUGCCCGUCGUGGUCCACAAAUGGUCGUUUCUGGUUCUGAUGACGGCACUGUUCGACUUUGGGACAGACGUCAGAAGACGGAGGUUCAGAAUUUCCAAAAUACAUACCAGGUACUCUCAGUUACUUUCAAUGAUACUGCAGAAUUGAUCUUCUCUGGAGGAAUUGAUAACAUAAUCAAGGGCUGGGAUCUGCGUAAGUUAGAUGUGGCAAUGCGGUUAAAUGGACAUACGGAUACAGUAACGGGUCUGGCCCUCUCACCAGAUGGAAACUUCCUUCUCUCCAACUCCAUGGACAAUACCCUUCGUAUUUGGGAUGUCCGACCGUAUGCCCCACCUGAACGAUGCACUAAAAUUCUCUACGGGCACAUGCACACUUACGAGAAGAAUUUGCUGCGUUGUGCUUGGUCUGCUGACGGUCAAUACGUCACCUGUGGCAGCGGUGAUCGCUAUGUCCACGUCUGGGACGUAAAGACUCGCAACUUAAUUUACAAACUGCCCGGACACUCGGCUUCUGUCAAUGAGACCGCUUUUCAUCCCCGCGAACCCAUUCUUGCUUCCGCCGGAAGCGAUAAGAAAAUUUUCCUAGGCGAACUUGAAUUAAAGAAAACUGCUAAGAAAAGAUACUCUGGAUCACGCAGUUCAAAAAAACCAAAGUCAUCCUCUCGCGCAUCAAGUGGGAGGACACCACAUAAGACAAGACCCCGUUCCAAGUCUAAAACAGCUCGGAAAUUGAUAGCUAUAACAAGAUCGGCUAAAAAAUAUCAAAGUGACAUUGAUAAAUAUUUAAGUUGGCUCCAUCGUGUGCACUUGUGGUUUUCAUCUAAACUGGAAAAUAUAUGGGAAAUCGUUUGCAGUAUACAUGCCGCUGAACUUGAAAGUAUUACUUAUGAUAGCUUUAAGGCUAUCUUACUGGAUGUUGGGGCGCCAUUCAAUGAUGUGGAGAUACAUCUCCUUGCUAUGUUGCUUGACCCUGAAGCAGAAGGGUUUAUUCAAAUCAAGAAAUUCUCUCAGGGUAUUCAUGAGAUUUGCAAAGAAGAGGAAAUGAGAGUAACAAAGUUACUUCCUUCUCCUUUGAUCAAACCACUUGUCCGAUGGGUUCGGAUAAAUUUUAUGAAUGCAACAGUAGCUUCUGUACCCUUUCAUCCACUCCACUUUCAGGAAGACGUUCCAUCAUUUUACACAACAGACUUACUUAUUGAUAUCAUUCGCCGCAAAACUUACGCUUGUGCGCCAUCUAUAAAGCUAUCUAUUAAGCGUAAUGCUACCCCAACACAGGAAAUCCAUCAAAUUGGGGCCACACUCACUCAGUUGGGUGUUAAAGGGGGGACUAAAUUUGCCCCAGAGGAAGUGACCAUUCUUUACGAAUCAGAAUACAAAUGUGAUUCUUCUGUAGCAAGAUCCUGUACCACAUCUUUUGAAAACUGCCAUCUUUUGUGGGAUGAGGCUCCACUGUUGUCAGAAGAAGUAAUUGGCAAGGACUUCAGGACAACGACAAUGGAUGAAGCUUCCAACACAGCUAGUGAGUCUUCAGAUGAAGAUUCUGAUGCUAGCUCAAUCGUUUCCUUGGCCACAUAUGUCACCAUGGCACAGAGAACCAGAAGACGAGCCAAAGUGAUGCGCAGACUGGCGAGGAAGUGUGAACAACGAAUUCGAGCCGCAGAAGUUUCUAGCAAUGCGGAAUACCUGGAAGCACAUUCAAUCGUAGCCGAUUCUUAA